AUGCAUUAUGAGGAUUUUGAGGUGAUUACUGCCGAGAAUGGCGCCUCAUCACUAAGUUUUGAACUUGCUUGUGCCACGGCAAUGGAUCAUUACAUUCGGUGUACGGAACCACAUGACAAGCAGGAAACUGACAAGUAUAUGUCGCCGUGCUCAACUGGCCUUCGGGUUUACGAAGGUGCACGGGUACUUGCAGCUUUUGUUGCUAGGUUUGGAAGGGUAUUAUUGCCGUAUACAUUUGAGUAUGACACAUGUGGAUAUCCAAGUUCCUGGGUUGUUGAAUUGGGCUGUGGCUGUGGACUGGUUGGAUUUACGGCGGCUACGCUCUUUCCAGAAUUAUCCGUGGCAUUUACUGAUGCUUCAGUCGACUGUUUGAAUUUGAUUGGCGCGAGUGCAGAAAGAAAUGGUUUAACGCUCAUACAGAUUAAUGGUAAAGGUUUCAGCGGGGUCUUUGAGAACAACGAACAUCGUGUCCUAGUAGCGUAUCCAUUGGAAUGGUGUGAAGAUGAUACGGUUCGACUUAUUUCCACUAUAAGAAGAUUUUCCAAUUCCCCGAACCACGUAAAAACUGGAGAUAUUCGUAUGGUAUUGGGAUCUGAUUUAUUAUAUUACCGAGUGGACAUUAAGGCCCUUCUCACUACUUGCAAAUGUCUCUUGCAAUCAUCUGAAGAAACAGCUUCCAAGGAUCAGUGCAAUACCUCUUUGGCCCCGCGGUUAGCUAUUUUGGCACACUUUAUGCGUAUACCCGACGGAGACGCAAAGCUACAAAUGGUUGCUUACGAAUUAGGGUUCGGCAUUGUUCGUGUCCCACUUGAGGCAUUUGUUGACGCAGAUGUCAUAAAAAACCGUGGUUGGAACGGGAUUUCGGUUGUGCUGUUAUUUCUGCGUUCUCUACCACACACGGAUCUGCAUUGCUUGAAUAUAGGCAAUCUUUGUGAACAACACGAGGAAGAGGAUCUCGCUGAGGUCAAAAGGAUUUUUUCUGUGUGCCAUAUAUCGUUUCCGAGCGAGGCCUUAGUUUACUACUCAAAAAAAGCAUUGGGAAAUAACGCCGACGCCUUUGUGGAUUGUGAGAAGGGCUCUGAUCUUGAUAACCUCCCUUUUUUCUUUUGA